UUUUCACCUGAUGGGGCCUACAUAGCUUCUGGGUCUGGUGAUGAUACAACCAAGAUCUGGAACGCCAGCACUGGAGCCUGCCUGCAAACCCUGGAAGGCCAUACUAAUUGGGUCUACUCAGUGGUCUUUUCACUGGAUGGGGCUCGCAUUGCUCCUGGGUCUGAUGAUAGCACAAGAAGAGUAAAGCUCCAGUUCUAUCCAAAAAAAUAG